CAUCACUUGAUGCUCUUUGAAUAUGUCUCAUGAAAACUCUAUCUCCAGUGAUGGCGCUCGUGCACAAGAGGAGCUUGUGGAGUUCUGGAGCCGACGAUAUAGCGAAGUGAAACAUGAACUGGAUUACUUCAAGAACAUGUUUGGUGUGGGCUCAGAACCUACUGUCCUGCCUGAACCACCAAAAUCCGCAAAGUCUGAAGGAUUUGAUGAGCUCUUCAACUUUGUGCGGGAGGAGGCAGCGCGUCGGCAGGCAGCAGACGUUGAGCUGCGCUCGCUCCUGGCCAGUGGUAGCGCAUCCUACGCGGACCACUUAAACCUAUUAGCAGAGGAGAAAGAUGAUCUUGCAACCCGCCUGCAAAAAUCCCAGGAUGAGCAGUCUGCUUUGUCGAAGCAGCUUCGAACUAUACAAACUCACGUAGCUGCGUUGGCCACCGAGACUCGUCAAUGGAGGCGAAAGCGAAUCGCGCAACUUUUCCCCGAACCCCAACCGCCUUCCUUCUUGGACGCCACUUUUGAGACAACAUACUUGAAUUUCGGAGACCCAGAUUCAUUUAUGCGGCUGGUUCCUAAUGAUCCUGUGCUGCGUAGCCGGCGCAUCGUUUUCUAUCCGCGUCCGCCUAACGCUUUACCCAUGGACGUUUCCUCGAUCGCCAGAUCAGGAUAUUGGUUUUUCCCUGUCGUCGUCUCGGAACACGAGGUAUUCGAGCUCAUUGUUGAGAGUGAACAAAAUCAGUGGACCUACCUUGGUACAUACCGCACGGCAUCGCUGCCGGGCUAUGAGAUGAAGUUGUCCGAGUGGCUAUGUCUUGAUGAGGAGACAAGGGCGGGACACUGCUCUCGGGCUCGAGAGCAUGCCAGAGCUCAACUGCCUGUUGCAUGCCGGGGCGAGAGCCUAGACGUGCGCAGGUUCUAUGACACCGGUGAAUGGACUGUGCUGUGCUACAGCCUGCACUGUGUGGGAUUCAACAAGAGCUUUUACUUGGGGAUCCAGUCGGUUGCUCGGUCGCAGGUGGCGGUUGCGAGUCAUGCCACAGCCCAGCAGCCGCCUAGCACACGCGUGUAGGCGGAAAGCCGAAGAGCGCCGUGAAGCAAGAUUCCAUUGAAUUCAGUCUCUUUUUCAGAAGUGUCUAUGAUGGGUCAUGCCUUCCAUUGUCACGUUGAUUUUCCACCUCCCGUAGUUUCCGGUGACUAGUUUUGUGUCGUCGUUUCCCCGCUGCCAGUGCUAUCAUGAAGCCUAUUUGAUUAGUUUUCUAUUCACCUCACCAAAGUCUGUACUGAGCUACUUGAGAGCUAUUAGAUCACGUCCGGCCUCUAACCUGUUUGUGAUAAGUGCUCGGUAUAUGUAGCCAG